AGAUGACAAGCAGCCACGAAAGUACGCCUCUUUUGGCAUCGACAAGGCUCUCAGAUGGAUCAUUUCGAUGUCAUGAUCAUAGAAACGGAGGAAGCCAAUCUGAAGAUGAGAAUGUUGUGAUGUGCCAGAUACCGCAGAAAAAAGCGAAAUACUUAACGUAAGAGAUUUCAGAUUUAUUUUUUAAACACAAACGUGCAGUUCCUAUUGAAUAUCCUGAUCUCUGUCCUAUGCUGCAGCGAUUGAUUAUUCCUUUGCUUUAAACUGACAUGUUUUCAAUAAAUUUUAUGCUAAUGUUUAAGAUUAUGAAGAUUUUUUCUCUAGAGACAUACAGGCAUUAAUGCAUCUUCUGAAAGCCAGUAUUGGAAUUGGCAUUCUGGGACUGCCAAAAGCCCUAAUGAAUGCAGGCAUUGUGGUAUGAGCCAAUUCUCUAAUAUAUCUUAAAAUAUCAUUAUAAGAAUUAUUUUUAUUUAUUUAUUUAAAAUGCUUUGCAAUUACAAACAAUACGAAUUUACGAUACUGACAAUACAUACACUAAUACAUGGCUGGGUUAUCAUCACAGCUUCGUAGGAUAAUAUCCACGGGAGCCAAUUACGAUGAGCCCUGAUAUACUUCUAAGUUACAUCACUGGUUACAUUAGUUAAAAACAGCACGGUUUUUGGAGAACGUGUGCUAGUUCUCUGUUCGCGUGACAUUUCACGCAGUUCGACUUUAAAGUUACAGCAUUGUCGGGAUCGUAGACAUCUCUAAGUAGCCCGUUAUAUUUCCUCGUGAGACUACGUUUAAAAGUAGCAGCGCUUUGAGACAAGUCCCUUUCAACUGGUGUUAGACUGUUCCAUACUUGUGCGGACAAAAAAACUGUUCUGGAAUGAUACUGUUUUAGCACGAGGUAUCUCGGCGAGAACACCUGACUGAGGGUUAUUAUGACGCGAAAUACGAAUUUGUUGUUUAAUUUGGACCAAGCCAUUAUUGUCGAGAAAAAUUUCUCCCUUUAAUGUACGAAAGUAAAAAACCAAGUCAAAAAUUUCUAGCCAGUAAGUAAGUGGAAUUGAUGACGAAAUUCCGUGACGGUUCUGUCAGUAUCAGUAAAGUCGCAUAUAGAGAUAUCGUCCUGAGGCCGGUUGUAUAACUAUCAAAACCGCAUAUUUUAGAGUUAACUACUAUUUAACUACAAAAUAGUAUAAAUGUUUAGAUGUAUAAUUUGUAUUCCCAAUAAUAUAAAGCAUCUACUAAAUAAUUUUAUAAAUCGUUUGCUUCCGAUCUAUCUCAUUUACUAUGGCGAACUAUAGUACUUGCGUCAUAAUAUAGAUAUAUAGAUAAUGCAGCGCUAGCCUUAUGAAUUAUUGACCUUCUGCUUUGUUUUAAUUUUGCUGGCGGGCACAUUCCGAUUCUUCAAUGGAUGAGGCGGAAUCUUGGAGACACAUUCCCAAGACUAACGCUGAAAAAAUAUUUCAAUUUCUGUUUUUGUGUUGGUGUUGUGUACUCAGGUGAAUACGAUGUUUGUGAUGUUACUCUGAGUGUGUAUCAACACCGGGCAAGCUUGAAAAAUAUGCCUCACCACGGUGGGAAUCGAACCUACGACCUUCGGAAUACUAGCCCAAUGCUCAACCAACUGAGCUACGCGGUCAGGUCGGUUCGAGUAUGCGAUAUUUCGGAACUGAGUGUAGUUCCUUCGACAUCAAUGCAAUUUAAUUAAUCAUGAUUUUUUGUGUUGGUGUUGUGUACUCAGCUGAAUAUGAUGUUUGUGGUGUUACUCUGAGUGUGUAUCCACACCGGGCAAGCUUGAAAAAUAUGCCUGGCCACGGUGGGAAUCGAACCUACGACCUUUGGAAUACUAUGACAAUGCUCUACCGCGUAGCUCAGUUGGCAGAGCGUUGGGCUAGUGUCCAAUGAUCGUAGGUUCGAUUCCCACCGUGGCCAGGUAUAUUUUUCAAGCUUGCCCGGUGUGGAUACACACUCCGAUCAGAGUAACAUCGCAAACAUCAUAUUCAACACAAAAAAUCAUGAUUAUUAGAUUACAUUGAUGUCGAAGGAACUAGACUUAGUUCCGAAAUAUCACAUACUCGAACCGACCUGACCGCGUAGCUCAGUUGGCAGAGCAUUGGACUAGUAAUCCAAAGGUCGUAGGUUCGAUUCACACCGUGGCCAGGCAUAUUUUUCAAGCUGGCCCGGUGUGGAUUCACACUCAGAGUAACAUCACAAACAUCAUUUCAAUUCCUGUUUAGAAUUGAAGUUCCGUAUUCCACAUCACGUUUUUAAAAAUCUUUAAUCCGCUAAGCAGGCAACUAAAAAGUCACAUUCCAUAAAAAAAAUUAAAGAAUUCCCCAUUUCAAAACUCCGCCUCAUCCCCCGCGAUAAUACAAAGGAUCACAUGUUUUCCAAUGUAUACAACAAUAACGACGUUCUCUUAGGAGAUUUCUAGAAACAGUUUCCUGCCAAGCGAGCUGAAACGCACAAAGGCAAGGAGUUGAAUAUGUUAACAAUAUUUUCAAAUUAAUUUUAAGGUUGGACCCUUGCUACUAGCGCUAAUCGCUGUCGUAACUGUUCACUGUGUACAUCUGCUGGUAAGCUGUUCAGAACGCCUUUGCAUCAAGUACGUAAAAUAUUUAUAGUCACUAAGGGACCGGUCAUUAAUAAUGGGAGGUGGGGUGGUGGGUGAGAAAAGGGGUGCAGCUUCAACUAUUUUUCCCUGAACUGGGGGCGGCCUCAAACUGAAAAAUAUGUGACAAGGGGCAACCCCAAUGUUUUAAUACUUUCCUACUCAUUUUUAAUCUCUCGCCUUUAUCGUAUCCCGCAAAAUAUUUCACUUUCUUUAGCUCUUAUAAUCGUAGUUUCCAUAGUUUAUUACGUAUUGCAGUUCACCAUAGCAGUCGGAGUAAAUAACAACCAUUUUGAAUAAUGGUCCUUAAUUAUUUACACUACACAAUGUCUUACACCAGUACUUGUCCCAUUACCUAUUUUACACCAAAAAAUGUAACGAUUUAAAUGUUGGGAGGGGGUCCUAAAUUUUCUAGAUGAAGGUGGGGGCGUCUUGAAAAUAAAGGUCUUGUUCAAUAUUUGAUAUUUAUCACCCAUGCCCCCCCCCCAUUAUUAAUGAACGGUCCCUAAAUUUAAAAAGAAAAUAGAAAUAUAACACAGUAUAUAUCAAAUACACUUUUCGUCAUUGGGGGACUGGUACCUAAUCUUGAGUUUUCGCGCGAAAAUGUUAAAAAUCCCAGGGCUUAUAGUCGGAGGUUUACGGUAUUUAUACUUGACGCCAUUUUGAAGCUGAUGUCAACAGAUUGACCUUUGUCCCCGACGUGAUUUUCGACCAAUCAAAAUCCAUCUAAUUUUGAGAGCUGGAUGUCAAAAUUUAAGAGGUGGACAUCAAAUUUUGAGAGGUGACCAGCAAAAUCGCGAAAACAGGAGGUGAAAAGCGGCUAGGCGGCCAAUCAGAACACGAUACGCGACAUAUUUAUGGGACAAUCCAAGAUGCCCCUUUGUGGAGGGAUGUUGUUCAGUUCUCACGUAGAGUCGAGGGAUAUCAAAAUUACUCUCUUAAUUCACUUUUCUUGAACCGAGUGUUGUUGGUGCAGGUAUUUCAACAAAUGAAGAAUCUCAUUAUCUUUCAUUGAAUUUGGCACCAACAUGGCCGCUACUAUGUUAUUGUUUUGCAAGUCAAGAAUAUUCUAAGGUCUGGAAGAACGUGCUCAAAACAAUAGGCCUCGGUUCCCUGGCCUAUUUUGCAAUGUUAUUUUCCAAAUUUAAGAUAAUUAUUUUUCACGGUGUACAUACAAUUACUCGUCGAUUACUGCUGUAUAGCAUGUUCCCCAGUGAACAAAUUUUUCUAUUAUACUUACAGAACUGGGAAAUCAGCAUUUAACUACGGUGAGCUUGCGGACGAAUGUGUAACACAGGUGUAUCCUGACUAUCCGUAUUAUGGGAGGUAAGGUACAGUUGAAUCCAGUGCUGUGAGUAUCUUGUUACAAGUAACUAGUUUCAUGUAAUCGUUACAUUUUUGAGAAACUGUAAGGGUAACUUUCAGCCACGCCAUGGUUCGCAAUCAGUAUUUGUCAUCAAAAUGCCGUCACCAUGUUCCUAGCUAGUGCGGUUAUGAAAGGCAUUCACCCCCCUGAACGUCAUGUAAAAGAGUACCAUUUUUGAACCCUUUGAUGAAUUAUUUCGAUUGGCUGGAAGUCAAUUUAAUUUUUACUGUCAAAUUCAACAAAUCAUUUGUUAUGUUUUCAGCACGAUUGUGAACACGCUCAUUUGUGCAACGCAACUGGGUGCCUGCACUGCAUAUGUCCUUUUCAUCGCUGAAAAUGUACACGAUGUAAGUAAUUACUGGCCACAAUCGCCAGGGUCUCGAUAUCUACUGUAUGGUUUGGAAAGGCUGUUAAAUACAUAUGUGGAGUGGUAUCAUGAAUAUGCCAAGGGUAUAUGAUUGAGGCAGGAUUAUAUUUCGGCUGAGGGAACCAACAGUCCAUAAGCGUACGAGGCGGGGGAGGGGGGGGCAGCUUCAACAUCAAAGGAAUAUCUUCCAUUUUCUGGCUUCGAAGUUUGCCGGGCUUCCAAACCAUCACAGUUUGAGAGACUAUCCUUGUUCUAACUCACAGUUCAGAUUUUUGUGUUCAUAUAUGGCUAUAGAAAUUUGCAUUGAGAAUGAUGGGAUGGCAUUUAAAUAGAGAGUGCAUGAUUAUGCUUUUUUUUUCACCGCUUCUGGACCGGAACAAACGUCUGGACUACGGGGGGAAAUCUUGAUUAAAUUAUUGCACUCUCGCAAUAUCAUGCAAUCUGUGUCAGCUGAACAUCUCUAAUACGGAAGUCGAAGAACAGAGCAAAGUGUCUGUGUUGAAAUAUGCCCAUUUUAUAGAGAUCACUGCGAUGACGUUACAAUUAGCACUCCAGUUUUAAGUGUUCAGUAACUAAAUGCCCACUGGAUGGACAAUUAUCGUUUCCAUUUGUAUUUACAAUUGUUCUUAUGGGAAAUUUCCCCUUUUUAUCCAGGUGAUCUUGACUAUUUAAUCCUAAUUAAGAUAUUUUACGAGUUUGAAUGCAAAAUGUUGAUCAGAAGUACCUAUGACGGAAUGUAACCAAAGAUUUUUAUUCAGAGUCUUACGGUACCAAUACAAACAAUAAAUACUUUAUUCGUUGUUUUUGUAAGUUCAAGUUUAAUGUUGUUAUUUAUAAAAUUCCACCAACGACGUCUGCUUUCUUUCCCAGGGUAUGGCUGAGUUGGACGCAGUUCACAUAAAGACAAAAUUAUACAUUCCAAUCAUCUUGCCUUUUCUCAUGCUAUUCUGUCUAAUCAGAGAUUUGGGGUCUCUAACAUGGUUAUCAUGGUUUGCUAAUAUAAUCAUGGUCAUCGUUCUCAUAUCAAUAUAUCAAUAUUUAUACGGUCAUGUGCAGCGUCCCUCAGAAUUAGAGAAGUUCUCAAGCUGGGGAGAUUUGCCACUUUUCUUCGGCGCUACUACUUAUGCCUUUGAGGCAAUACCAAUUGUAAGUAUUCGUUAGAAUUUUACUUAUUUCAAGUUUGUGAGUUCACGACAACCAGGUAUAAAAUCAGUCAUGUUUUUGCUCGCUUCUCUGCAUGUUUAUAAAUAAAUGAAUGCAAAGCCCUGCAGUCGAAUUGAAUUCACGACCCAACGUCAGUUCGACACUCCAGUCUAGUAUCUUCAUCAAGGGUGAUCUGAAGUAGCAACAUGGCUUCUUAUAUACAUAGGCGUACGGGGUUGAUGCUUUCCAGGGGGGCAGUUGAAAGUUUACCCGAAUUUUUAUGGAGGAUUGCCGAAAUUACCUAAAUUUAACCUAUUUUCUGAUAAAUCUGCCCGAAUUUGCUUGAUUUUUCCUAGCAUUUGCCCGACUUUCCAUGGUUUUCCAAAAUUUUGUGGGGGCAGUUGCCGCUGCCCCCUGUCUCGUACGCCUAUGCUUAUAUACUAUAGAGGCGUGGCAUAUAAAUUAGUAACCAUUUUUGAAUAGGGAUGACGGUGCUUAUUUGCCACAUGCAAGAAUAUAUCCAUCUUGUUGGCAGAUGACAUCAUCCCAUGGCCAUGGGAAUAUAAGAAGUCACGUUGCGACUUUAGAUCAUCCCUGAUGAAGACACUAGACUGGAGUGUCCAUUAGAAUGCAAUUCGAAUGGGCUUUGCAUUCAUUUAUUAAAACCAGAGAAGCGAUACUUUUUAUAGGGGAAUCGAAUAACCACAUUUUUGUCUCAAGAACAACAAAAGAAAAAAACUUUAAUAUCUAAAAUAUUUUUUCAAUUAUAGAUUUUGCCACUAGAAAACCAAAUCAAGAACGCCCGUCAUUUCCCUCGGAUAAUUAACAUUGGUAUGGCUGUAGUGAUAGUACUUUAUUUUAAUAUGGCAAUUUUUGGAUACAUGACAUUUCAAGAUGAGUGCAGGGGAAGCGUCACACUUAAUCUACCAAACUCAGAGUAAGUUCUUUUUUCCUCUUUUUUUGGUGAUUGGACUAGACAAUAAAAGGUUACUAUUAAUAGGAACUCCUAUCUCCGUUUUAGAAACUUUUUAGAAACAAUUUAAACGUAUAGUCAUAUGUAAUCUAUUUUAUAUAAAAAAUUCUUAUUUUAAAAAUUUAUAUAUUUAUUUAAAAAAAAUUCUGGUUUCUGAUUGGCUAACAGCCAACUGUGAAAUUGUCAUAUCAACUCAUUGACUAACCAAAUAUGGAUUUUUCGCAUUCAUAUUAGCAAAAUGACGUCAAAGAGUCAAUAUGAAAAAAAUUUGGACGCGUUUGCACCAUAUUACUAUGACGACGAGAAUCAUAUUGACUCGCUGACGCCAUUGAUAUGACGACGAUGACGGCUGCCGAAGGACUAAGGAAUUGUUUUUUUCUUAAUACAAAUAAAAUACAAAUGUUUUGAAUUUUUUAAAUAAAUAAUAAAACAAUUAUUGAAUUCGGUUUUCGCACAAUAUGAAGAAUUAUCAAGCCCUCAGUUUGCCGUUAUCAACCUCAGCCUUCGGCUGAUAACCGCAAACUUCGGGCUUGAUAAUUCUUCAUAUCGUGCUCAACCUCAUUCAACAAUUGUUAAAUAUAUAAUAGAAGGCCCAGUGAAUAUAUGUUAUAGAAGGCCCAGUGUAAGAUUAGCUAUGCUAAACAGGUUAAUUUGUAAUACCUUCUUUAAAUAAAGUCUAUUCAGAUUAAUAUUAUCAUUAUCAUUAUUAUUAUUAUACAUUGGAGAUUUUUUUCCAAAUCCUUACUAUGGAAAUCGGGGAAGUAAGGAAAUCCAAGUAGGGAAAUCCAAUUUUCAUACUAAUUACAAUUUUCAUACUAUGAAUAUAUUAUGGAAUAGUGUGCAUAUACUAUGGAUUUAGUUAGCAAUUGCCAAUUCCAUAGUAUGAAUUUCACUAUUUUUUUCCUCUGAUAAUGGCAUUCAUUAACUUAACAUUGUCGUAAAAAAUAUUUGUGAUUUUACACCCGCCAUUUUGCUUCGCACAAAUUAUACAUUUGAAUUUAAUUCCAUCGGCCUCGUUAUGAAGAUUUGGGUUACAUGAGCUAUGAUUAGGAAACGAUUAAGAUUUUGACGAUUAAGAUUUUAAACCCAAAGCGUGCAAUAAAACUCUUGAAUGUAUGAUUUUAACAGGUUAUUUUAAACCUGUUAAAAAACGUUUCCCUGUUAGUUACUGUAUAUCCAUUCGUAGACUUUCUAUAUGGCCCCUCUGUAAGUCCGCCUGUUCUGCAGUGCACCUAUUGUAGUAUAGAAAACAAACCCAAAAACUUAUAUCCCAUCGCUCUUUACUCAAUUUCACAUUUAUUCUUAGAUAUUAUUCUACUAUAAAGUUUCUGGUAUCGCUGGCGAUAUUCUGUACGUACUACAUUCAGAUUUACGUCUUCUUUUAUAUCUUGGAGCCAAUUGUGAUGCGAAGAAUUGAAGAAAAGUAUCACAAACAUGCAAUUAUCAUCCUCCGUGUUUCGACUGUUUGUCUCACAUGUAAGUUGAAAUUUUGCAGUGAUUUGAGCAUGCACAUUCACCUGCCACGCAUGCUAUUCUUACCAGAUUAAAAGAUUGGCGUCGCGAGUUUUUGUUGUUUUUUAAUUACCAAAAUCAACAAACAGCGAUGAAAAUAUUUGGUUGUUUGGUAAAUCAGAUGACAUUAGCGUCGAUUCCGAAAGGAUUCUUUAAAUAUACGACGGAUUGCAAAAAAACCAUUUCGGGCAGAUCAACUGAUCUACUCAGCCCAUAAAAUGGCCGCAAGCAAGAAUUUGAGCCCGCAAUACCAUGGUGUGACCAUAGAGAUUAUAAAAUAAUAGAGUGGGCAUUGCAAGAAAAGUUCAGGUCAAAGAAAGGGACAAAUUGAAACUGCUAGUUGAGGGCAAAUUUGAGUGAUACCCGGAUGUAAAACCAAGAAAAUCUAUUUUUCACCUUUUGACUACACAUUUCAAGUAUUCAAUCUGGUUUUAUCGACAGUCCUGGCUGUUUUACUUUUAUUUGUGGCGACAAAUUGAGGAAUUUCCGUUUUAUAUCGUGGAAAUUUGGACGUGCCGACGUUACUAAGAAAACACCGCUCUUCAACAUCGAAAAAAAGCACUUUAAAACAUUUAUACCGUUCCAAAACUUGUUUUGUAUUAAUUAAAGUCCAGGUAUACUUGUUACACCAGGUAUACCAGUACAUAAUCGUACAUUUACUCGCUCAUGUAAAUGACACAAUGCAAACGUGUAACAAUUAGCAAAGCAAUAUUCAACAACAAACGACCGGCUUGAAGGGCUUGUAUAUUGGAUUUUGAAAUUCCAUUAUAUUUUUCGGGAUUUUCUCCAAAAUAUACGGGAAUUUUAAACUGAUAUAACUUAAAUGAUGUCAUAACAAUAUGAAUUAAUUUUCAGGUGGUAUGGCAGCAGCAGUCCCACAUUUAAAUGACAUUGUUUCGCUGGUUGGAGCCGCUGGUGCCUCUUUACUUGCAUUUGCAUGUCCGACAGUUUUUCACUGGAUAGUCUUUUCGAACGAAACUACACGCUUGCAAGCUGCUAAGAAUAUAUUUAUCAUAGUAUUUUCCAUUAUUGGAUGUGUUACUGGAACUUAUGCGUCGUUACGGAAUAUGAUACAAGACAAAUAAAGUUUUAGGACGCUGUAAAGGUUAAUAUAUUGAUCAAGAGAUAAUUAAGCAGAAAUUGUUCUCAAAACUGAACAGUCUUCUACUGCAUAAAUCAUAUUUGUUAUGUAGUUAGUGUCAAAGACAAAGUUCAAUUUUUCUGUUUGCCGAUUGGUCAAAACCGUGUCACGUGCCGGUCCACAAAACGCAGUGUUCGGCAACCGGUCCGCAAUCAAACAUUUAUUGACCGGUUAAUAAUAAAAUGGGUGCAAUACGCUUGCGUGUCAACCAUGAAGUUCCAAAGUUCAUUUUUAAAACUUUUUACUAAACAUUUACGGCGUUCCAUUUAUCCAGUUUUGGUUUCAAAUCAGUUAAGUUCACUCCAAUAACCGGUGAAUUAUUCAUACUUUGACACUUAUAUACUAUAUAACAAAACACUUAUUUACUGAAACCUCGGGAAAGCAGUGUGUUUUGUGGCCCCUCGACUCGGGUCCACAAAACACACUGUUUCCCUCGGUCUCAGUAAGUAAGUGAUAAAUAUAUAACCACGCCUUCGCUUGUAUCAAUUACUCAUGUACAUAUAUAAUUUUAAUUAAUAAUCCUCAUUGAGUAAAGAUUAUAUUUAGCAAAGAGUAUAAAUAAUUAUAGUUGUUUUGAGCGGG